CUCUUUUGUUUACUUGGGUUACUACUUUUGUCAUACGAACUAGUUCUAAAUCCUUAUAUUAAGAUUUUAGAGAAAGACGGCACGCUAUUGAUCCCAACAACACGCUACUGAUCUCAACGACACGCUACUAAUCUCAACGACACGCUACUAAUCUUAACGACUGUCUGUCCUCAACUUAAGGCACAGGUAGCAUUCAUGGAGGAACUGUAUAGGACAGUUGGAGCGGGCAGAUCAGUCUCCUUUAAAACCCAGCAAUACCAAUCAACUAACACAAUUCCACACAGCCCAAUUCAUGCCAUGGAGUUUCUCUGUCGCUCGUGGAGUUCGUCUGCCUAUAACUUUCAACAGAUGUUCACAUCAACUGACGUGUCUCCUUCACAUGACGACUGGAGUUCAGAGAAACAAGACGAAAAGCUGGACGAUAAGUUUAGCUCAGGGGAAUCCGAAGAUACAAAACUGGCGAUAGAAGAAGUUAUAAAUGAGUUUCCACUUCAGAGAAGAAGCAGUAUGUUCAGCAGGGGAUCAUGGUGGGGAAGCAAAUCUUUAACCAGCUUACUUAGACAGCAGAGACUGAAGAAGAAAGAAGAUAUCCGGCUUCACACAGCUAGCGUUCACGCAGCGCUCUCUGUCACAAGCUUGGCUGCUGCGAUUGCCAGUGUUGCAGCUUCCAAGAGCGGCAUAGAAUCAGUAGAAGUCGGUGAAGAUGGCAACCCCAUCAUCAUAGGCAACAUUGUUGCUUCUGCGGCAGCUCUGGUUACUGCAGUAUGUGCCGAAGCUGCAGAGUCGUUGGGUGCGCACACCACUCAUGUUUCUUCUGCCAUCAACUCAGGCUUGGCUAUCCAGACCACCGGCGACAUGAUCACACUCACAGCUGCUGCUGCAACAAGUUUAAGAGGAGCUGCAGCACUCAAAGCAAGAGCCAUCCCGGAUGCCUACUUUCCAAAAAACCGAAAUUUGCUGGAAGUAAAAGCUGAACUAUCAGUUGUCACUCCUUCUGGAAGCAGAAGAUACGGGUUGGCGGCCAUAUACUCGAAGCACAGUCAGCUCAUUCUGAGCAUCCAAAAGAAGCAUCUGGGAUUCUUAGCAACAAGAAAGGAGUAUAAGAUUUUGCGUGUGAUGGAGGGAUACCAGGAAGCUCAGGGUCACGGCAACUUUUCGAUCUGCCUAAGGAGCAACAAUGGAGAUAUCAAGCUCUUGUUUAAAGAUGAAAACCAAACAUUGGCCUGGACAUCAAGCAUUUCUAAUCUCUUACAGAUGCAUAGUUGAUGUUUGGCAAACCUGUAAAGGCUACAGUUUCUAAUAUUCAAACUCAUCCCUUAACGACGGUGUUUCUUGCACACUGUCAUUUGUAUUGUUCUGAAGACCGUUCCAUGGAACGAGACAUUCUCCACAAUAACAAGAAACUGCAACGAGUGCAGUUGCUUUGAGUUUCCGAUAUACAGCGAGAUAUCUUGCAAAAUAACAGGACAAUUUGUCUGUUCUCUAGAUUAAAGCUACCAGAAGCACCAAAAAGGCCACGUUUUUUGUUUUCUCAACAUUCCUAGUAGAGAAAAAGAUGUAUACAUUGGCAUGAAUGCACAGUUCUUACAAGACAUUCAAAAACACACGAGGCACAAUUUACACACACACGAAAGCAAA